AUGAAUCAAGGGCCAGUAUCUUGUUUACCUAUGAACAGUAAAAUGUCCAAAGUGAAAAAAGCACUCGACGAUGCGAGAGAAUCUCGUGCCCGCGAAUUAGAUUUGGUGGAUAAAAAUGUGAUUUCAUUCGAUGAAAUGCCAGGCCUUCUAAAUAUGCUGAAUGUGACACGAGUGACAUUGAGUCAUAAUCGCAUUGCAUCAAUUCCACCGGGCAUUGCCAAUUUAACGAAUCUGGAGAUUUUGAAUUUGACCAACAAUUGUAUUGAAGAAUUGCCCGUAUCAAUUUCUUCAAUGCCAAAACUUCGCAUUUUGAAUCUGUCAAUCAACAAGCUGAGUUCGUUGCCACGCGGAUUUGGUGCGUUCCCAGUCCUUGAGUUACUCGAUUUGUCAUACAACAAUUUGGACGAAAAGGCAUUGCCUGGCAAUUUCUUUAUGAUGGAAACUCUUCGUGCCUUAUACUUGGGAGACAAUGAAUUCGAACAACUUCCACCUGGUCUCGGAAACUUGAAGAAUUUGCAAAUCUUGGGACUUCGAGACAACCAAUUGUUGAAUAUUCCAAGGGAAAUUGGUGAAUGCACACGUCUACGUGAAUUGCACAUUCAAAACAAUCGUUUAACCGUUAUCCCACCAGAAGUUGGUUUUCUCGAUUUGCAAAGCAACAAAUCCGUUCUAAAAAUGGAAGAAAAUGAAUGGCUUCCCCAAAUUGCCGAACAAUACCUUCUCGGAAUUAAUCACGUACUUGAAUACAUCAAAACCGAAGCAUACAGAAUAAUGUAUAAUCGUUUGAUGAACGCCGGUUUGGGAAAGGUUCCACCAAGAAUCGACAAAAGUAAGAAAGCAUCAAGACAAAAGAACUAAACAUUCACGAUCGUUCGAACGAAACGAAACGAAGAAAGUAUAAUGAACUAAACAUAACUACUUUGCCAACAACUACUUAAGCGCACAUCUAUUUACUUACCACAAGAAAUGAAUGUUUAACGAGUUUUAACUAAUUACAAAGUAUUUGUCUAUUUACUAAAAGAAAGCGGCCAAAAAUUGGAAAUAAUGCGUGCCUUAAUAUCAUUCAUAAAUGAAAUUUUUUGAUUUAU